AUGGCUCGAUCGGGUAUUAUUGGUGACAAUCGGUUCGCCCAUACACAAGGCGUGCAAGGUCGGCUACUACCUAUGAAAAUCGACGAAGCUAUAUGUCGACACUGCGGUAUAUCUGCAAGAAAUUACUUUCUUGCAGUAAUCAUGGAUGAUGAAAGCCCAAUGAUCAUCUCUGGCCCCGGGGGUGCGAGACUUGACGGCGAUGUCAUGCGACAGUUCUUCGAUCCCGACAAGUACCAGAGUGUCCUGAACUGUUUAGACUCGGGUCAGCCUUUUCUGAGAAAUCGAACGUUUGAUCAUUGGCCUAUGUCAAGUUUUGAAGACUUGGAUGUUUCUGGACGACCAGGUCGGAAGAGACGCCGGGCUCGUCACCCAGUCCACGAUGAUGAGGAUGUUCCCCUAGUCCAAGAUGUGUGGAAUUUUUAUGAACAACGGUUCAAAAAUUGUCAGCAGACAGCAUGUAAACUCAUCGCCAAGGCCUGGCCAUGGGGUCUGACCAAAGAACAAAAGGUCCGCCACAAGGAGCCGGAUCAUCUUUACAAGAGGGAACGCGUUCAUUUGUUGUGCCAUAUCUUGCGCAUGAUUGUGGAGCCAAACCAUAAACAACACCCCGACAUUCAGAAGCUGAACCUCAACGUAAAGAAGCUUGAGGAGAUCACCACCGAACCAUUGUCAGCGUUCUUUGCCGACAAGAAAAACCCAGCCAAUGGCAAAAAGCGACCGUACCUGAACGAGAUCUUUAGGGUGGCUAAGCAUGAGGAGAGGUUCAAAAAUGGAGAAAUCGAUGCAAACACUGAGGUGUAUGUCAUGGCAGAAGAUAAGAUUCCGGAGGCGUACUCUGAAUAUGACGACGGAUCCAUCACAAAAGACGAGGAUGACGACAUUUCAGCGACAAAACUGCCAACUGUUCAGAGUUUAAUGCCCCCGGCGCCAGAUCACGGCUCUAGCACAGCCCUAUAUGGCACGCCCUUUCUAAGUGACUUGCCGGUGCAAGGAAUCCAGUACACACCUUCUAUGAUCCAGGAGAUAACAUCAGAGCAACAUGGAUUUGUUGAAGGGAGCACCCCCCCAACAGACUAUCCUGGACAGCCUGGGACCAGCCUAUAUAACCAACCGUGGCUACCGGGAUCCACUGCACCAAACACGUCAACCAUGUACGCAUUCACGCAGCAACAGCCUAACCCGUUAGCAACGACGUUUGUCAACCCUGGCGUCCCGAUAAACUGGAACCUGGCUUCUACGGCUCAAAAUUGCACCCCUGGGGCGCACAUCAAACAGCGAGGUCGAUUUCUUAGGACCUAA